AAGACAUUAAGUGAGAUCUUCAUCAGCCAUGCCGAUCGAAAGUACAAUUUCAACGCCUCUUCCCUCGGGCGUGCAGCCUUCUACCGUCAUCACGCUGCUCCACAACCACGAGACAUACAUCCGAACAACAUGCCCGCAACUCAUCACCUACCGCCGCAUUUCCGGUCCACCCGCUCACGCCCCGGCGGGCGAACCGUGCGUCUUUGAGGUCACGGAUCGGCGACCCAUGGGACAGACAACUUACAAACUGACGUUAACGAACCACACCGAGGGUAUUGAUUCACUUGUGGUCGGCAAGGCGCCGACAGGGUCCAUGGUGAUCAAAACGCGGUGGCGAGUGCGGGGCGACACGGGACGGCUCGAGGAGGAGAUCGAGAUCGACAGCAAUAUGAUAACGAAGAAAUUGGUCAAAAGCAAUAUUGAAAAGGGACAUCCGGAGUACCAUCGGAGUCUUUUGGCUGAAGCUACAAGGGUCUAA